AUGCUCGUGCUGAACAGCGGCGCGGCCAUCGCCGCCCUAACCGCGUACCGCGACAGCGUGCCCAACAACGCCGCAUUCGCCGCGAUCCACGACAUCCACUUCGGCGGCCACGACAUCCUCUACCGCUGGCUCGAUCAGGGUUCUGCGUGGGGUCCCGGGCCGCGGAACCCAGACUUCGCCCUCCUCGCGCGCUGCCCGCAGCUCGCGUCCGUCACGUUCGAUAUCAGCACCUGCAUCUACCAGCACCUCGUCGAGAUGUUUGUAGACGAGUGGUUCAUUGUGCGUGGGCAUAUAGAGAUGAUCGAGAAGCUGGACCUGGGGUGGUUGGGGGUUCCGUAUUUCAUGUGGGAUGUUCUUGCACACGGCCGUCCUUAUGCUCAGAGGAUUGAUUCGGAUGAGCAUGUCCCGAAGGACCUGAUGACGUGGAUACAGGGGAAGUUUGCUGAGCCGGGUUUACGGGUGACCGUAGUGGCUGAGGCGAAGCAGGAUGAUGACUAG